AUGGACUCACGUCAAAAGGAUUGUCUGAGAAGAAUGAGGAGAAACAGUCAGACUAUACUUCGGGAUCUUCUUCACAGGGGAGUUCACGAUGGAGACAGAGGCUCUCCUUUUCCAGCUCAGCCAAGAGACUCUAAAAUGAUCCACUCCAUUGCGAGUCUCAUUAGAGCAAAGAGCAAACUGCUGCUUCUUGAAAAUCCAGACACGGUGGAAAUUUACAAGGCGCUGAGAGAGGCUAAGAAAUCCAACGUGACUGUGAUGAUGGUCUAUCUGGGACAAGGCCGCCGAGGGCCGGGGUCUGGAGCGGACCAGGACGAACUGAAGGUUCUUCAGCAGGUGAACGGAGGGGAAAAUAUCUGCGUCUUCAAAGGCUAUCCCUUCAGUGCCACCUUUUACGUCAACGGCAUCAUGGCGACCCGGAUCAGCUCCUGCUGCGAGUACCGCUACGCCCCCGGGUUCCAGCAGGGCAGGAAGAGCUGCUUCAGGCUGACCUGGCUAGCGGGGGGGGCGCCCUGCUACAGAUGCACCAGUCUCAGAAACAAAUUCGGCUCCUGCCAGCAGCUGAGCAGCAACACAAAGGACAACUUAAUUCUCCCUCUCCAGCAGAACGCUGGCAAUGGCUCCGCCGAAUCGUGCAGAUCAUCCCCGCUUUUUAUCCCGGCCAAACCCGCGAGGAAAUCAGAGAGGAGGACACGAAAACACGUGGAGGACGGAGGCCGUGGGUCAACAGACAGCGAGGACCCCUCUGCAGCAGCCGGGACCAAAGAAACCUCCCGGAAGAAAAGUCGCAAGGGUCAGAAUAAUCGUAAAGGCAAGACAACCGCAAACAACAGAGAGGACGAGGGCAGAGACAGCAAGGGCUCAGCCAGUUCAACAGUCACAGAAAAGCCUAAAGAUCCGACCAAAAUACGACGAAACCAGCUGAAAACAACCAGCAGUGUCACGGCACGGCAGGGAGAGGAAAGCAAGGCCCCAAAAACUCACGUUUCAGACCGGGGCGAGGAGGCCCUGACUCAGCAGAACAGACACAAACAGGCCGCGGACCCGGGACCGGAUGGGAGAAACGGAGACGGGGAAAGGCGGAGAGACUUGUAUGAGGAAUGCGUGGAGAUGAGCGCCGCGUUGAGCCGGGGCCCCGAAAAACACCGGCUCAGGGCCAGCAUCCUGGAGAGGUGCCGGCUCCAGAAGAGCCUGUCGUCGUGCGGUAAAGCUGGGGGCUCGGAUUUGGAGCUCAGCGCAGAGAGCGAGGGCCCGGCGCUGCCCGACGGAGAGCCGGAGGAGGAGGAGGAGGAGGAGGAAGAGGAGGAAGAGGAGGAAGAGGAGGAAGGAGGCGCAGCGACCUGCCCCGGCCCUGGCGGAGAAGAGCCUGUUAAGGAACGAGACCUGCAGGCACAGCUGGACGCCAUGAUGACGGUGCUGACCACGUCGGACGAGGUGGACCAGCUGGUUCUGAGGAACACCGACCUGACGGAUGACCACCUGCUCAGUCUGAGUCGGGUCCUGAAGAGCAGCCCGUCCGAGGUCACCAUGCUCAACCUCAACCUCAACCUCAUCGGCCCGUACGGCGCCCACAUCCUGCUGGACGUUCUGAGAGCCAAGCCGCAGGUCAAAAGCUUGCACUUGUUUGGGAACAGACUGCGUGACCACGGCGUGCUGACCCUGUUGGCGGGCGUGGCCGAGCUGCAGGCGCCCGCCGGGUGGAGCUCUCCCGGGGUCUUCACCCUCCUGGAGCUGGACGUGGGCGCCAACGGGCUGGGCAGCGACGGGGUGCGGGUGCUGGCGUCCUACCUACGAUCUCACUCCCGCCUCCGGUACCUGGGGCUGGCUCGGACCGCCGCCGCCGACCUGGCGGCGUGGAAGGAGCUCUUCCAGAGCCUGAGGGGGGACGGCUCGCUGGUCCAGAUCGUCCUGGACCAGAACAACCUGGGGGACCCGGGGGUCCGGCUUCUGGCCGACGCCCUGAGGGAAAACCGCGGCCUUCUGCAGGUGGAUCUGGACGGGAACGCCGUCAGCGACGUGGGGGGCAACGACAUCAUGGCGGCGCUUCUUUGCAGGAGGGGGGUCCCGCUGAGACGCCUGAGCCUCCAGGAGAACAACAUCAGCGCCGGGCUGAUGAGCCGGAUACAGGAACAGGUGGAAAACAGACUUUAA